AUGGGAAACCCAUGCACUGCAAUGAAUCAAAGAAAUAGCCAAGACAUGUCUUCUUCUGAGCAUUCUCUCAUGAAAGCGUCGUGAAUUAAAGACGGCGGAUAUCUCUUUUUAGCUGCCUUUCGUCGAGAAACCACUGAGCAGAGCUACUCACGAACCCAAUCAACUUACAAUAGAAAUUGAAAAAGACUUGCACCUACGCUCAAGAAAAAAACUGAAGAAUCCCCAUCUUUGUAUCACCCAGAAUUAAGAAAGCAAUGAAAACAUUACAUUAGAAGGUAAAUUCCAUUUAGUGGUGUUCCAGAUAAACUGGCAAGAUCAGUAAUUCUUAAGCUAUUUUCCAUCAAAGGAUCUGAUAUUGAAUACCAUCCUUUACUGAUGGAAGUUUUUUCAGGCAAAAUCCCUGAAACUUUUACACUAGUCCCCACUUUCUCGACAGCCACUUCGAUUGAAAAAAUCCUCUCCCGAUAUUAUAUUAAUUCAGUUGGAGAAGCCGCGUUAAAAAGGAUUUUAUGGGUAAUCCACAAUUAUCACCCGUUCGUUAAAUUUUGCCCACAAAUUGUAGGUGCUUUGUCACUUUUACUUGUAUACCUUAAUGAAAAUGAAGCUUAUGCUUUGAUUACGAAAUUAUUAAUUAAUUCAAGACAGGAAAAAGAAACAAGCUUUAAACGGCAUUUUACCUGCACGAAACGGGAGCAUAGCAUAUUGGUGCAAGAAACUUCAAAUUUAAUUAGAAGAGAUAUGAGAGGGUUAGCAACGUUUUUGGACUCUCAAAACUUUGACUUAAAUAAGCUGAUUUCUGACAUGCUGAACUGCUUUUUCGUCGGCUAUUUCAGGAUUUCGUGCUUAUUAAGGAUUUUACUUUGCUUUUUAUGUGAAGGGAACAAAACUUUGAUCCGAGUAAUUUAUGGAGUAUUUAACAUACUACAGCGAGAGCUCCCAUACAGACAAGAACAAAUUGAAGUUUAUAUUAAAAACCAAUGCUGUUCGCUAACUAGCUGCGACGAUCUUUUAAGAACUGGCUUCCGAGCUCUCAUUAGCCGCCAAGAUUUUAUUUCUGAGCAGCCUGAGCCUGAAAGUGUAAGCGAGCAUAUUGCAGGCUUGUUUCGUUUGUCUAUUCAGCUGCAGUCGAACAUCAUGUCAGUCUGUCAUUUUGACUUGAUUUGGAGCCAUCUCCCAGCGAACUUUAGGAUUUUAGCGCCGAAGUUUAUUCUGUCAAGUCAAGAGUGUGGGGUAACUUUGAGAGAGCUAGAAAAUCGAUCAUCUUUAUACCCGCCGUCAACUCCGAUGCUGUUUUUAGCCCAAACUAAAACUGGAGAAACCCUAGGUGCUUUUAUCGAUUGCACCAUUCAGUCUAACAAAAAAUCUUCGCAGAUGGUGAAUUCUUUUGUAUUCCAGCUUGAGCCAGAGCCGAGAUUUUACCAUUCGUCUGAAAGUGAAGCAUGGAUAAAUUUUUCUAAAGACGAGUUAAGUUUUGGAAAAAAUGAACAUGACAUUGCGUUUUCAAUUGAUUCAGGAUUUGAAACUUGUAGCUUCCAUUCCAGUAAAACGUAUGGAACUACGAACAUCGGUUCUCAAGUGUUUCAAAUAAAGCUGUUGGAAUCAUUUGUAUUGCAAUAG